AUGUCGGCCGCUCCAUUCUUGCAAGGCAUGGCCCAGCUGCGUCCACCGUCGCCGUUCGACUUCGACAACUCCAGCUCAUGGCUUACAUGGCUGCUGUUUGAGGACUGCUCGUUCGCUACCGGACUUUACGUCGCUCCGGCAGAGAGUGGCCAUUUCGAGAACGUGUGCCGCCAAAAGAAGCGCGUCAACGGCAAGCACACACGGAAACCUUUGGCCAGCUCCAUCGAGUUGCAUGCAGUUGCGGGAGAGCGCCCGAACGCGAAGUUCGUCGAGAUACUCGUCGAUGGGCGCCCAUUUUCCUUCAAGGUGGACUCCAGCGCCGAGGUUUCAGUCGUACCCAGUACAUUUUCCGGCGUCCCGUCGAAGCUUCAUGACCCCGAGAGCGAGCUGAAAGGCCCAGGCAACAACAUCCUGCCUGUCACAGGCACUUACGUCGCUACCCUGUCGUGGCACGGAAAGUCAACCAAGCAGCUUCUCUACGUCCUAGCAACCAAGACGGUCCCGCUGCUAGGCUUCCAGGCAAUUCAAGCCUUGGGCGUCUGCACGUUUGUCGACGAGGUCGCGAGGACCUCACAGCCCACGGGCGGCUUUUGUCUCGAUGCCAGACUCUUCCGAGGAAUUGGGACGCUCCCCAAAACCUACACUAUCAGGCUGCAACCCAAUGCUACGCCUUUCUCGUUGAGCGUACCACGGCGCAUUCCACUCCCUCUCCGCAACGUCGUCAAGACUGAGCUAGACAAGCUAGAAUCGGAGGGCGUGAUUCGUCCAGUGGACACACCCACUGACUGGUGUGCUGGGUUGGUUGUCGUCCCCAAGGUCUCGGGCGGCUAUCGGCUGUGCGUGGACUUGACUCGCAUCAAUACGGUGAUUCUUCGAGAGCGUCACGUGCUCCCUACAGUGGAACAAUGCCUCGCAUUACUUGGAGAGGCUACAGCUUUCUCCAAGUUAGACGCCACGUCAAGCUUGCACCAGGUUAAGCUGUCCCCCGAGUCCCAAGAAUUGACCACAUUUAUAACCCGUUUGGACGCUCCUGUUUUCUCCGGCUGCCGUUUGGGAUCACGUCGGCACCGGAAUACUUUUAGCGGCAGAUGUCCCGGAUCCUCGAAGGCCAAGCGGGUGUGGUGA